CGCUUGGGAUAAAUGGGUCAACUCUACAAAACAGCCAACAGCACAGCAGAGUGGAUAUCAUAGUAUCUGGACAGGAUAACCACAGGAUUAUUUUCUACUAAAUCUUCACGGCAGCCUCCAACCAUCAUAUUGCUGAGGUGAAUGCGAAACGUCACCAGUCGAACAAAGCGCAUUACAUCCGUAAGCUUAAGCCCUGGCCAAAGAGUGUUGCAGAUUUCCCUCGUCACGCUGCUGAUCCUCAACCACCAGACUUUUCCCUUUACGGCCGCAGCGGCGGCUCGGCCCUCCGCCUCCAGAUGCAUCGGCGUGGACGAGCUGGAAAUUCGCACCGACAGGUUUCGGAGGUCUUACUUGGAGAAAAUGCCGCUGCCGCCGCCGCCGCCGCCGCCGCCGGGGGUCAUGGACACCUGCGUGCAGGCGGCCGGGGGAGACAUUAGCGCCCGCGCCCUGGCCCCGUGGAAGUACAGCCUGAACCGGGACGUCAGCAGGACUCCCACUGAGAUCAGCUUCGCGGAGUGCCUGUGCCAGGGCUGCAUCAUCAACGGGAGAGAAAAUCUGAGCUACAACUCUGUGCCUGUGUUCGCUCAUGUAAAGGUCCUGAAGAAGAGCUUCUGCCCGGAUGACCGCAGCAAAUACGUGAUCAAAAACGAUUUUAUCAAAGUCCCUGUGGCCUGCACUUGCAUUAUGCCCAGGUACAGGAAAUCAUCUUUCUGAUCAUGUGCUCGCAUUGCUGGGGAUUUCUUUAUUUCUCUUUAAUAACCAAGUUAACCAUAGCAAAAUACUCACCCUUGUAGCUUAGGGUUACAUUCAUUUAUUUCUAUGUGAUCGCUUUGUUAUUUAUCACAGUUUUCUCCAAAUAGGAACGUACAUCAGCCAUUGAUUUUAGAGAUGUUGUAUGGUACAACUUUUGGAUUUUGUCCCAGAAGGGGAAGGAGAAAAAAACAAAAAAAAAACCUCAUUCAAAAUCACACUAGACACUUGUCAAGACAUGGAGGGUAGAUUUAUAGCCACACUAGCCGACACACUAAACUGCGGUGGUUUUUUUGUCGCAGCCUGCGUCGCCGCAAUGUGUAGUUACAUUUCCGGCUGCGGUGCAGUGUACAUUCAUUUCUACGCAGACGUGUAAACGGGCCUUCGCCCUCUGUUAAUGAUUUCUUCUGAUCAUCAGUCGUUCGCAAACAUUUAACAAGACCGGUCCGAUGCUGCAACGCGAUACGUCGCUUCAAAUGCGUUGCCGAUGUGGCCGACGUUGGGACGUGUGUUUUCAGACUUUGAUUUGAUUGAUUCUUUUUUUUCCCUUUGGAAUCUGUACCGAUUUGUUCUUGGACGUCGUCAGCAGUUCCAGUAGCCGCAUUGUUUGAAUUGCCAGGUCUAGCCAUGGUGCUGCUGUAAAACACAUUUCUGCUUCUUACGAUGUUUUUUGGCGCUUGGCAAAAAGCUUUUUCGAUGCGUUACCGCCACUUUCUGGAUCUUCAUUAGCUAUUUGUUGGGGGUUUUUUUUUUGUUUUUUUGUUUAUUUAGUACAUGGAAAAUAUAUGAAACAGGACAGGGAACAAAUGUACAUGGAUGAGGGACAGAACUCAAUCAAUGAUGGUGGAAAUGAUGCCGCAGCACAGGCAGGUACCGUUAAACUGAAAUUCAGGAGAGAAAUAGAUUUAUAAAACAAAACCAAAUGGAAAAAAAAAGGGAGCGCACAAAGGAGGAAGGUAAGAGACAUUACAUCGUCAGGUACAGAGCGUGAGUCGACGUCCCCGAACUUCUCUUUGUUUGAAAAUCAGACUUGCUGUUCUGUUAGCACAUAUUUUUAUCAAACAAAUUGACAUCGGCAACUUUUAGACAAGGGAAAGAAGGUGUAAAGUGAAAAGUACAUACUGCUUUGUAUCAGGUGGAGUAAAGGAAUAGCUACAUAGCUAAUGAGUUAUUUUCUUCCAUAUGAACAUAAGUAUUAUGGCUUUAGACGACAUUAUCACUUUUGAUGACGGAUGAAUUUGUUUUUGUUUUUUUUCCCUCUGAAGUCUGGUGCACAUUGUUUGACAUUGGCCUCGGCGGAGCUCUGUGCGGUGCUGAGCGCAUUUUCUAGUUUUAUUUUACUUUUUUACGUUUGUCCGUAUCGGGACAAGUGCACAGCAGAGACUAGUGCCUCACACCGCAGCAUUUAUAGCUUUCACACAACAGUAGCAAAAAAUGCUCCUCACAACACUAAUCCCCCGCCGGUUAGUUAGCAGCUUGCACUUGCACGGGUCAAUGUGAAGACAAGAACAGAAUAUCAAUACGUGGUCCCCCUGCGGUGCCACAGUGGCGCUCUCGUGUCUGUACACUGAAUAUGCCGCUACCGCUAGCGGCUGGUUAGCUUAGCCUAGCACAAAGACAGGGAAACGGGGGAAACGGCUGGCCUGGCUCUGUGUGAAGGUAACACAAUCCCUCUCUAGUUUUGUAAAAUAUCUGAUAUUAUCUGAAAAAUAAGUGUUUAGCGGUCAGAUAAAUUUAGUGGAGAAACAAGUACAAUAUCUGCCUCUGAAGUUUAGUGGAGGGGACAAAUGAAGUAGCAUGAAAUGGAAAUAAUCAAGUAUAGCUGCCUCAAAUCACUAAAUAACACCUUGUGUCCUAUUUGUUUAAUCCAUACAACAACGAAAAAACUGUGCAAAAACUAGGUACCUGCCACUAAAACCUUUUUUUUUUUUUUGGUACAAAUUAAACAAACAAUACAUGACAUGUUAAUCGGUGAGCUUUAGAGUUGCUGGUGGACGGACUUUGUUUGAAGAGAGCCGGGCUAGCUGCCCCCCCCCCCCCCCGUUUCCAGUCUUUGCGCCAAGCUAAGCUAAGCUAACCACCCUCCAGGCUUCAGAAGUGAUUCAGCAGAAAGACGAGAGAGGGAGAGAGAGAGAGCGGCGUCAGUCCUCUCAGCUAACUCUACGCAGAAGACAAGCGAAUGAGCGCAUCUCUCAAAAUGGCGCGCUGUUCCCUGAGGAGAGGACCAUUCGGCACAUGCGCGUCAUGUACGAAAUACAGUCAGAUUGAUCUUUGGAGCAACUGUAAGGAGCUGAAACCGCCGACUCACUGACCAUUGGGGCUUAUGUGCUGUGUGUUUUGUGUGAAGUGAGCCUCGUUAAGCUAAAUGUGAGGAUUUCUACACUGUUUAUUCUUUUAAAAUACUUUUUUUUAUUCAUAUUGUUUGUUUGUUUGUUUUUUGUUUUGUUAAAAGUCGCGAUUAAAGCUAAUGUAGAUCAAUCACUGUGAAAGGGUCCAGUGAAUUGAAUUGUGUUUGUUUUAGAACUCAACUGUGAAAAUCACCUUCGGGUGGAUAAAGAGUGAAACCCGCCUCUGGAUGUUAAAAAAAUGACUAGUCAAUGUCGUACUUUGGCUUUGUUAUUCGACUGUCUCACACUGUCGUAGAUUUUAUGGUGGACUGCCAAAGCUUGAGGUUUUCAUCUUUGUCGCCAUCGAUCUGGAGGCAGGAAUUCAGGAGAGAUGUUGCCCCUGACAGGGGCUAGUGAAAUGUGAGGACGUGCCCCCCUCGCUGGCCCAGAGAGGUAUUUCCUCAUCGCGGUCUAAGCUUGUUCCGUCUUGCUGCGUGAAGUGAGGGGGCGCAAAACGGGGCCCCGUCGACACCUGUGCUGCUGCUCGUCUCGCCUGAAGCCUUUGUUCAACUCUGUCCGUGUUUCUUUUGCAUUUGCAAACAUUGUAAAUGUUAAAGUAUUUGCUAAAAAUAAAAGGUUUUCCCUUGA